AUGGCCAAUUCUACUGUGAUGAUGGAAUUUCUCCUCAUGGGGUUUUCUGACGUGUGGGAACUACGGGUUUUGCAUGUUAUAUCCUUCUCUCUCAUGUAUUUGGUGACUCUAAUGGGGAACAUUCUCAUUGUUAUUGUCACUACCCUUGACAGGAGCCUUCACACACCCAUGUACUACUUCCUCAGGAAUCUGUCUGUCUUGGAUGCAUGCUACAUUUCUGUAACGGUCCCUAACUCAUGCAUCAAUUCCCUGCUCGACAGCAGCACCAUUUCAAAGUCAGGAUGUGUAUCUCAGGUCUUCCUAGUGGUUUUCUUUGUGUAUGUGGAGCUUCUGUUUCUCACCAUCAUGGCCUGUGACCGUUAUGUAGCCAUCUGCCGGCCCCUCCACUACCCUGUGAUCAUGAACUCUCGAAUCUGCAUCCAAACAACACUGGCCUCUCUGUUCAGUGGUCUUGUCUAUGCAGGUGUGCACACUGGCAACACAUUCCGGCUGCCCUUCUGUCAGUCCAAUGUUAUUCACCAGUUCUUCUGUGACAUACCCUCUCUACUGAAGCUCUCUUGCUCUGACACCUUCAGCAAUGAGAUUGUGAUUGUUGCCUCUGGACUUGGAAUUGGUGGAGGCUGUUUCAUUUUCAUUAUCUGGUCUUAUGUUCACAUCUUUUCUACUGUGCUCAAGUUUCCAAGUAGAGCAGACAGAACGAAGGCCUUUUCCACCUGUGUCCCCCACAUCCUCGUGGUGUCAGUCUUCCUCAGCUCAGCCUUCUAUGUGUACCUGAGACCAUCUGCAAUAUCUGCAACAAUGCAGGAUAUUGUCCUUUCUGUGUUCUAUUCUAUAAUUCCUCCUCUUGUCAACCCUAUUAUCUACAGUCUUAGAAAUGAACAAAUAAAGCGUGCCAUCAAAAAAUCCAUGAAAAGAAUGAUUUAUUCAGGAAAUAUGUAG